CCUGUUGUUGCGUCACUUCCGUCGCGCUUCUGGGCGGCGCCAAGAUGGACGCUCCGCGGGCUCGGGAGCAGCUCCGACGGCGAUACCUGUUCCCGCCGGACACCGAGGCCCCGCUGGACAGCGAGGGCUACGCCGGGCCGGAAACCUCUACAGCUGUUGAAAAAAAGGAGAAACCUCUUCCAAGACUUAAUAUCCAUUCUGGAUUCUGGAUUUUGGCAUCCAUUGUUGUGACCUACUAUGUUGAUUUCUUUAAAACUGUUAAAGAAAACUUUCACACUAGUAGCUGGUUUGUCAUUGGUGGUGCCCUGCUGCUCCUCAGCCUGUCAAUCGCAUGUUACUGUAUUCUCUACCUGGAGUGGUGUCGGGGAAUUGAAGAUUACGACGUCCGGUAUCCCACCUUGAUCCCCAUCACCACUGCUGCUUUUCUUGCGGCUGGAAUUUGCUUCAACGUUGCUCUGUGGCACGUGUGGUCCUUCCUCACUCCACUGGUGUUGUUCACUCAGUUUAUGGGGGUUGUGAUGCUCAUCUCACUGCUUGGCUGAUUUCUAAAGGGUACCAAAAUUCAUUGUUUAUGCACCACACCCAGUGUUUCCUGCAAUCCAUGCCAUCCUUAAUACCCACCACCAGGCUCACCCAACCUCCCACUCCCGCCCCUUCAAAAUCCUCAUGGUGUUUUUCAGAGUCCAGAGUCUCUCAUGGUUCACCUCCCCUUCCAAUUUCCCUCAACUCCCUUCUCCUCUCCAUCUCCCCAUGUCCUCUGUGUUAUUUGUUAUGCUCCACAAAUAAGUGAAACCAUAUGAUAAUUGACUCUCUCUGCUUGACUUAUUUCACUCAGCAUAAUCUCUUCCAGUCCCAUCCAUGUUGAUACAAAAGUUGGGUAUUCACCCUUUCUGAUGGAGGCAUAAUAUUCCAUUGUAUAUAUGGACCAUAUCUUCCUUAUCCAUUCCUCUGUUGAAGGGCAUCUUGGCUUUUUUUUUUUUUUUUAAGAUUUUUAUUUAUUUAUUUGACAGAGAGAGAGAUCACAAGUAGGCAGAGAGAGAGAGGAGGAAGCAGGCUCCCUGCUGAGCAGAGAGCCCGAUGUGGGACUCGAUCCCAGGACCCUGAGAUCAUGACCUGAGCCAAAGGCAGCGGCUUAACCCACUGAGCCACCCAGGCGCCCCGGCAUCUUGGCUUUUUCCACAGUUUGGCGACUGUGGCCAUUGCUGCUAUGAACAUUGGGGUACAGAUGGCCCUUCUUUUCACUACAUCUGUAUCUUUGGGGUAAAUACCCAGUAGUGCAAUGGCAGGGUCAUAGGGGAGCUCUAUUUUUAAUUUCUUGAGGAAUCUCCACACUGUUUUCCAAAGAGGCUGCACCAGCUUGCAUUCCCACCAACAGUGUAAGAGGGUUCCCCUUUCUCCACAUCCUCUCCAACACUCGCUGUUUACUAUCUUGUUAAUUUUGGCCAUUCUAACUGGUGUAAGAUGGUAUCUCAAUGUGGUUUUGAUUUGAAUCUCCCUGAUGACUAGUGAUGAUGAACAUUUUUUCAUGUGUCUGAUUGGCUGUUCAGUUUUGACUUUUUACAUGUAUUCAGGAACUUUUGACUUCCUGCUGAUGUGAAUUUAUAUUUAGUGAGGGAAAGCCAGAGAUUUGUAUGGCAUGUGGACUGCACUGUGCUAACAACAGAUCCCGCAGCUGCAGAUAGAAUGCCUCACGGAGGAUAUCCA